GCUUAUUAUCUAACAGUCUUUGAGAUCGACAUACCUAUUUCCAGCAGAAACUUGUGAAAAAUAAACAAAAAACGGAAUCCUUCUGACAUUAUUUUAUCAUCAGUUUUCGGAAAAGCAUUAUAAUUCCAAGGAAGAAACAAGAUGUCGUUGCCUGAUAUGGGAGGAAUCGGUGAAGGUCACGCGGACGCAGUGGUUGAUCUGGCCUUCAGCAGGGACUUGGGAUCGGGAUUCGUCAUGGCCUCGGCGGGACUCGAUGGGCAGGUGAUGCUGCGAAAUGGCUACACAGCCUCCUGGAUUGGAUCGCUGAGAAGGCAGGGGAUGAGCGUGUGGAGCGUGGCCCUGGGCGAAGAUGGCAAGAUACUGGCCAGCGGCGGUGGCGAUUGCACAGCUCGUGUCUGGGAUGUGCUGCUCGGGCGGCAGCUGGCGAAGAUUCCGCAUCCGGAGACAGUGGCCAGCGUGGACUUGAAUCGGCAGGCCAAUCGCCUGGUGACCGGUUGCCUCGGCCCGGCUCCCCUCGUCACCCUCUUCGACCUGCAAUGCUUGGACAAGACGCCGCUGAUGGUCUUUGGGGGUCACCACCGUGGCGUGAGGGAUCUCACCUUCUGCCUGGACAAUCGCUGCGUGCUGACCUCCUCCUACGAUCGCACUGUGAAGAUGUGGGACUGCCUGAGCGGCGAGAGUGCCCGCUCCAUUGUCCUGCCGCAUCACGCCAAGGCCUUGGAGCUCCACCAUGGCGGUGAUAUGGUGACCAUCGCCUAUGGCCGCAGCCUGAUCUUUCUGGACUGCAAGCAGUUCGAGGUCCUCAAGCACCGCAAGAUGGCCUACAAAGUGACGGCGGUCACACUGCAUCCCAGCAGGGAGUCGUACGUGUGCGGCAACAGCCUGGGCUACGUCUACAAGUACGAUUACUCCACGGAUGCUCUUCUGCUGUCCUACUUCUACGACAAUGGCAGCGAGAUAUCCUUCUUGAAGUUCAGCCCGGACGGCGAGGUGUGCGCCAUUGGCACGACUAAUGGAUCAAUCGUUAUGUGGCUACAGAACAUGGACAAGUGGAACAUCUACGGUUCCUCGGACGAGGACUAUGAGAAGGAGGAAGAGGAGUCCACCAGUUAAAUACUCCAACAGUUACACAACUGUACCCUUCACAACUCUUCAGACUUUUAUUCUGGUUCUCAUGUUGGUUAACUUUGUUUUUUUGUUCAGUUGCUUCUCGUUCCCCAAAAUCGAAAUCCGAAAAGGGUCACGUUCCUUUUCCCUCUAAUAAAUUUGUCUUGUGAUUGAAAA